AUGAGUCACAGCCGAGACCCUUAUUGGGGCACGGUCAACAGGGGUACGGCAGACUGGUUCGGUGUGAGCAAGGACAGCGACAGGAGCCAGAGAUGGAGGAGGAAGAGCCUGCAGCACUGCAGCCAUCUCUACGGGGGUCUAAAGGUUCAGGUGACGAGGGGGACGGAGCUGCCAAGCCUAGACAACUUUUCCCUGGCCAGCACCGAGACCCCUCCUCCCCUCUACGUCCCAUCCCACCACCAUAGUCACCAUCACUAUGGCAUGCAGAAGAUUGUUGACCCCCUAGCUCGUGGCCGUGCCUUUCGUACUAUGGAAGAGGUAGACGGCUUCGGCGUGGCGCUGACUGCCGCCAACCCCUGUACGGCCUCCCUCUGCUCCUAUUCCAGCUCCCGCUCGGCCCUCAGCAGGUUGCCACGGCGACGCAAACGGGAGUCUGUUGCCGUGAUGAGCCUUAGAGCAGCUGCUGCCCUGAUGAAGGGACGUUCGUUAGGCGAAAGCGCCACUAGGCGGUUUCCCAGGCGGAGUUUCUUGCCUCCCAGUGUCUUUGAAGAUGACACAGUUGACUUCCCCGAUGAGUUGGACACAUCGUUCUUCACUGGAGAGGGCUUGCCAGAUGAGUUUUCCAGCUUUGCCGAUGAGGUUUUUGAGACGGCGUCGGAAGCCGCGCGCCGACAGCUGGAUGAGGGCGGGCUCACCGGGAGUGCGCUGGAUAGGAAUGAGCUGGAGAGGAGUCACUUCAUGCUGCCAUUAGAGCGAGGAUGGCGAAAAGCAAAACACGGCUCACCUUUCCAACCCAAGGUGCCGUUGAACCGAGAAGCGGCGAGUCGGAAGCGCGGGAAAAGGAUGGCGGUGCCCGUGAAGAAGCUGUUUGCACGAGAGAAGAGGCCUUACGGGCUGGGCAUGGUCGGCCGUCUCACCAACCGAACGUACCGAAAGCGCAUUAACAGCUUCGUCAAGAAACAGAUCGACGACAUGGAUGAUCAUAGGCCUUUCUUCAGUUACUGGAUCACAUUUGUCCAUUUACUCAUCACCAUCCUGGCUGUCACCAUCCAUGGGAUUGCUCCUGUGGGCUUCUCACAACAUGAGACUGUGGAUUCAGUGUUAAGGAACAAGGGUGUGUAUGAAAAUGUCAAAUUUGUGCAACAACAAAAUUUCUGGAUUGGCCCAAACUCAGAAGCGCUGAUCCAUCUGGGAGCCAAAUUUUCCCCUUGCAUGCGUCAGGAUCGAGAGAUCCACAAGCUGGUACAGGAGAAAAAGUCCAAAGAGCGAGAGUCAGGCUGCUGCGUGAGGAACGAUCGCUCAGGAUGUUUGCAGACUUUACACGAGGAGUGUUCGACCACCUUAGCAGUGUGGGUAAAAUGGCCUCAGCACCCCAGUGCUCCUUAUUUGAAUGGUCAACCACGUCAAUAUGGUGCAGUCUGCCAUCAGGAUCCAAGAAUUUGCCAGGAACCUGCCUCCGUUUCCCCUCACGAGUGGCCCGAAGACAUCACCAAGUGGCCAGUUUGCACCCGGUACAGUUUUGUCAACCACACCAACCUCCCCCACAUAGAUUGCACAAUCACAGGUCGGCCCUGUUGCAUUGGAACCAAAGGACGAUGUGAAAUCACUUCCAGGGAAUACUGUGACUUCAUGCACGGCUACUUCCAUGAAGAAGCCACUCUCUGCUCGCAGGUGGCGUGCAUGGACGACGUAUGUGGUCUGCUGCCUUUCCUCAACCCGGAGGUCCCAGACCAGUUCUCCCGACUUUGGCUGUCCCUCUUCCUUCAUGCUGGGAUCCUUCAUUGCCUUGUAUCAGUAUUGUUCCAAAUGACAGUGCUUCGAGAUCUGGAAAAGCUAGCUGGCUGGCUGCGGAUCUCCAUCAUCUACAUCCUUAGCGGCAUCACGGGGAACUUGGCGUCAGCCAUUUUCCUGCCUUACAGAGCGGAGGUCGGUCCAGCUGGGAGUCAGUUCGGCAUCCUGGCGUGCCUCUUUGUGGAGCUCUUUCAGAGUUGGCAGAUCCUCGAGAGGCCGCGGCGAGCGCUCGCAAAGCUGCUGGCCAUCAUCGCUUUCUUCUUCUCCUUCGGUUUGCUUCCCUGGAUCGACAACUUUGCCCACCUCUGUGGUUUUGUCUCAGGAUUCUUCUUAUCCUUCGCCUUCUUGCCGUACAUCAGCUUUGGCCGCUCAGACUUGUACCGCAAGAGGAUCCAAAUCUGCGUCUCUCUGCUGGUCUUUGCGGCUCUGCUGUCUUCCCUGGUUGUCCUCUUCUACGUUUAUCCCGUGAAGUGCGACUGGUGCGAGUAUCUCACCUGUAUCCCCAUCACGGACAAGUUUUGCGAGAAGUACGACCUAAACGCAAACCUCCUUUGA